UUUUCUACCAAAUAAAUAACAUGAGUGACGGGAAAAUGGUGAAGAUGCCUAUGCCACGUAUGGACAGUGUGACAGUCGCGGUGCGCGUGCGGCCUUUCAGUCAGAGAGAGAAGAAUUCUGGGAGCAAAUGUGUGAUUUCCAUGCAUUCCAGAACCACCACAACCAUACAAGACCCUAAGAAUCCAGAACAUAGGAAGACGUUUACUUUUGACCUGGCCUAUUGGUCUCACGAUGGAUUUCAAAAGGAUAAAGAUGGUGUGUUUAUUUCAACUGAUCCUAGCAGUAAAUUUGCAAGCCAGAAAGAUGUUUUCCAUGAUCUUGGCAGGGGAAUUCUGGACAGUGCUUGGCAAGGCUAUAAUGCCACCCUCCUAGCCUAUGGCCAAACUGGCUCUGGAAAAAGCUAUUCCAUGGUUGGGCUUGGAGCAAACAAGGGUAUCAUUCCAAAUGUAUGUGAAGAGCUCUUUCAAGCAAUUGAGGAGCCGGAGAGAAAUCAGGAAUACCAGGUUACAUUCAGUAUGCUGGAAAUUUACAAUGAGCAGAUACGAGACCUGCUGUCUAGAACCAAGCAACCCGGAGGACUAAAAGUAAGGGAGGAUCAACACCUGGGCUUUUAUGUGGACGGCCUGAAGUCAGUGCCCUGUGAGAACUACGCGCAGAUUGAAAGGCUGAUGGAGCGAGGGACAAAAAUAAGGACCACGGCCUCGACCAACAUGAACGCCAGCAGCAGCCGGUCUCAUAUGGUUAUCACCAUUCAGUUCAGGCAGGUUUUCCUGGACAGAGACCUCACCAAGCAAUCCACGAUUAAUUUGGUGGAUUUAGCAGGAAGUGAAAGGCAGAAAUCUUCAGGAUCUGAAGGAGACAGACUGAGGGAAGGAUCACAAGUUAACUUAAGUUUAACCAAUUUAGGAAAUGUUAUCAGUGCUCUGGCUGAUGCAGCCACGGGGAAGAAAGUCUUGCACAUUCCCUACAGAGAUUCUGUCCUGACCAAACUUCUCCAGCCAGCUCUGGGCGGGAACAGCAGAACCACUUUGAUAGCGGCCAUAAGUCCCGCUGACAUCUGCUAUGAGGAAACUUUAUCCACGUUAAGAUACGCCGAAAGGGCUAAAAAGAUCCGGAACAGAGCCGUGGUCAACACCUCGACGCUGAUGAGAGAGUCAAAGGCAGAGAACGACAGAGCGCUGCUCGCACGCGGGAAUUCCGGAAUGGCAGAGCAGCCGGCCCGCCCACUGGCAGAAGCCGGGCCCUGGGCGUGCCAGCUGGAGCAGGCUCGGGAAGAGUGGCAACAGCACCACGUGGCCGUGGCCAAGGAGCAGCGGAUAAUGAAGACCCUCCCUCACCUUCUCAACGUCAACGAGGACCCGCAGCUCACAGGGGUCCUCAAGUAUUUCAUUCAGGCUGGCUCAUGUGAUGCCGGUCGGGCCGCUUCAAACGCCAUCCACCUUCAAGGUUUGGGAAUUUCAGAUAAACACGCGUCCUUCACAAAUUCGGAUGGGAAGGUGACGGUCAUGCCACACAGCAAAUGCAAAGUUGUCGUUAACGGGGUGCCCAUCGUGACCAAGACAAAGCUGCAGCAUUUGGACCGCAUUAUCCUGGGAUCCAACAGCGCCUACCUCUACAUUGGGUUUCCAUCAGAGCGAGGCAGUGAAGACCUGACCAGGUUCGACUAUGACUUCUUCCAGCUGGAGAGAGCAGCUGCGGAGGGAGUGAGUGUGGACAAGCUGGGGGCUGCGAGCCACGGCGAUGGGAAAGCAGACCCCGGCAUGCUGGUGGUGUUCCAGGACUACGUCAGACUGAUGCCCCUGGUGGCAGAAGCCAAUCAAAUGGGCGAAGAGCUGAAGAAGGGACUCAGAAUGGAACUGAAGGUGAAGAAUUUAGCGGCUUCAGACUCCAGGGGCCACGAGCUACAGAAGGAGGUCAUGGUGAAGGUAACCAACCAAAGGACCCGCGAGGUGUGGAUCUGGUCAAAAGCCAAGUUUAUCAACAGGAAAUUUCUCAUGGAGGAACUUUACCAGCGCUUUCUGGAUGGAGAAGACAGCCACGUGGCUCAGGAAGAUGACCCCUUCUGGGACCCUGUCGAGGUUGUCCACUUGGGCUCAGCCCACAUCUGGCUCCAGUCGCUGGCCUACUCCAUGAAGCUGGAGGAGCAGGUGGAGUUCAUGAACUGCGAGGGGGAGGAAGAGGCCGUGGUGCACGUCUGCGUGACUCCCUGCUCCCCGGCGGGACGAGCGUGCGGUGAGGAGGACGUGGUUAUCGACCCUUCGGAGCUGCUGGGCAAGAGGAUGGACUUCCAGGUUGGCCUCGUGCGGUGCCUUGGGGUCAAGUGGCUGAAGGAGGACGCAGAGCGAGGCAUUCAGAUGGGGUACAGAAUUUAUGACCUUUCAAGCACUUUCUAUACCAAGCCUGUAUGGAAAAUGGUGAAUCCCCAAAUAGAAGAAACUGUCCAAUUUACAGCCUUAAAUGCAUCUCAGGAGUUUCUGAAUUAUUUACAAACAAACGCUCUCAUUGUCGAUUUAUGGGGUCUUCAAGAAGGCUGCGCCCAGCUGGACUGCUCUCAGUCGGACCUCAUGGUCACAAGUGAAGGCCACAUCAUGGUGGACACCAAGAAAAUGUCCACGCUGAUGGAUCCAGGCCAGACGCCAUCAAAUCAGAUAUCUGAACUCUACAUGAAGCUGCUCGAGUUAGAGCAGGAGACAGAGCUGCUCAGAGACACCAACAGAGCCCUGAGAGAAGAAAACGUGUUUCUCAAACAAUCACUUGAGAAGGUCGGUUCUACUCAACAAGGUGAGAGGCUACCACAUAAGCCUUCCGACACUCUGAAGCUAACUUGGACGGCAGCCCACCCUCCAGCAGCCAGAGAGAUGAGCCAAAUGUACACUCGGCCAGCCAGCUCCGACAGAGAAUUCGCCAAAGCCCUUAAGCUGUUCUACCACAGCAUGAACCAAGCAAGAGGGCAGCUUCUCCGACUGAGACAAGAGAAACCCCCUGAGGAAGAUGAAAUGCUUCGACCGUUCGUACAGCAACAGGCACAGAGGUUAAAGGACUUGGGAGACGUGCUGGAGUCCAGCUUGCGGAGGCUGAAAAACGAUGUCGCCGUCAUCGUGAAAAAGAAGAGGGAAUGGCUAAUACCUCGUGGACUGAGCCUCGGCGUUCUUUGCCAGUUUGCAGAAAUAAUUGCAGAAGUAACAGGCUUUCUGCAAAAGGGUGGCUGGAGGAGCCUCAAGGUUUAAAAGGAUACUCUGGGGGUGCCGGCGGGGGGGUGCUUAGUCAGUUAGGCAUCUGACUUCGGCUCAGGUCAUGAUCUCACAGUUCGUGAGUUCGAG